GCACCGCCGCGGCUCCCCCUCCCCUUCGAAGCCCAGAGUGCGCUCGUUGACUUCCCAGCCUCGAUGUAGACGCGUGUGCUUGUUGGGAAGCACGUAAGUCCUGUCUGACUGGAACUUCUGUCCACAAGUGUGCAUUAUUAUUGAAGUCGUCGCACUAAUACACCGCGUACUCUGAGGAAACAGGGCUUUUAUAGGACUGGCGCAAAUAAUGGUCGCUUUUUUUCUUUGGUUAGGAACUUGAGAAAGUCAGGAGCGACCUGCAUAAUGGUCGCUAAGCCCCUGCGACACCUGUGAAAGGACCGAAGGGUGCCUGUUGCUGAGGCGUUCAUCUCGUUCCAGCCGGUUUCCUCAAGCGGAGAAAGAAAACACCUUCUUGGGGAGGCAUAAAUAUUGUAUCGUGCCCCGGCCAGAGAAGCAGCCAAGAAGGAAGGAGGCGCCGCCGCCGUGGGCUCAAGGGAGGGCCGGGUGGCGAGGCGAGGGAGGCGGCGCCUGUGCUUAUUGCUGGCGCUCCGGCCCUCCUCGGGCGCAAGGAGGGAGCGUGAAUGGAGGAGAGCGGCCAGGACCUGCUGCCAGGAUCGAAAUAGGCUGCGGGGGCGCGAGGGGAGGCGCGCGCGUGCGCGGUCGGUCGGUCGGUGCCAAAGGAACUCCGGCUCGCGCCCACUGGACUUGGACCAAGCCCCGUCCCUCCGUCGCAACUUCAUUCAGAAGCAACGCUGAGGAGAAGGAGGAGGAGGAGGAGAAGCCAUGGAGACGACGGGGCUUCAGCGCGGCGGACGGAGAAUGAAGGCUCGUGCCCCUCCUCCACCAAACCAUCCUCCCAUGCCUUGUAAAGUUAAUAAUGAACAUAAUUUAGGCACAGAACUGGGAUCAUUGCCUGAUCAGAGUGUGAUGGAUAUGAAGGAAAAUCUGAUUAAAAGGACAGUUGACUUCACAGUAGUUUUUCCAGAUGGAGAAGAACAGAAAGAAACUGUGCCUGGAAGUAAAGCUGUGAUGGACUUGUUAGUUGACCUGUGCAGCCGGCACCACUUAAAUCCAGCCCACCAUAUUCUUGAACUGCGGUCUUGGGAGACCCAAUACCCUUUGAAUUACAAGCCAAAUACUAUGAUAGGGAUAUUGGAUGUACAGAAGAUAAUUCUGAAGGAGAAGCUUCCAGAGGAAAAGUUCAAGCAGCCACCACUUAAGAUUCCUGAGAAAACUGUGCGGUUGGUAGUAAAUUAUCUCAAGACACAAAAGGCAGUAGUUCGAGUGAAUCCAGAGGUGCCUCUCCACUACAUAAUCCCAGCCAUUUGUGAAAAGUGUGAGGUCAGUCAAGAACACCUUGUUCUCCUGAGGGAUACCUUCACUGGAGAAGAGUUGGAACUUACAAAGUCAUUGAAUGAACUGGGGAUAAAGGAGCUCUAUGCAUGGGACAGGAAAAAAGUUCUUCCAUCACGAGCCCAGUCUGAACCUUCUCUGAACUAUAGAGAAAGAAGGAUUUUUUCAACAUCCAUUGAAGCAACAGAAAAAGAAAAAAAGAGGUUCCUGGGAUUUUUCAAGACAAAUAAAAGAACUAAUAAGGCAGAAGAGAACUUGACCGUUAUGAUGGAUUGGGAUUAUGGCAGUGAAGAGCCUUUAAAAACCACAGCAGCAAGUGAACAGAGUCUUGAUGAAGCUAUCACAGUUCCUCAUUCUUCUUCAGUGAGUUCGUAUUCUGUUCCAUUGGGACCAUCACUGUCUGUUGGGAACGUCUCAGCAGUGACUGGAAGCACUGAAAUAAAAAAGCGGAGAGCACCUCCUCCACCAGCAAUUCUUUCUCAGCUGCCAAGUGUGGAGACAAAUGGAGAUGAAAAUAUUCUAAGUCAACAGAUGUCCCAAAGCUCAUCACAAAAUGGUUUACAGAAGAAAAAAAGGCGUGCUCCUCCUCCACCAAUUCCUCCAGUGCCAAACAGGAUGGAAGACCAGAGGAAAAGCACAGUUGGUCAUGGACAGCCUGUGCCACAAAAGCCUCCUAGAGGCAACACACGUGAUCCGCCCCAAUUAGUGAUCCCCCCACCCCCACCAUACCCUCCUUUUGACAGAGAUACUAUGGAAUCAACUGUACUGUACAAUGAAGCAGAUGUUUCAGAUCCAAUCAAGCUGGUACCUAAACACAAUCUACAGGCUUCGCAUGAUACUAACAGCAUGGAUAACAUAGUUCUGGAGCUCUCAGAAACAGAUGAGACCAUAUCUGUCAACAGCUGUUUUGCUUCAGAGGAUACCACAGAAGAUUCAGAUGUAAUGAGUUCCCCUUCUGAUGUUUUAUCAUUGAAUUCCCAAAAUGGCAGCAUGAGUUCAAGAAGCAAGUCGGUUGAUUCCCAGGAGACUGAAAUGGCUCCAGUGCUUGUUGCCGAGGUUUGCAGUAUAAAGGAUGAUUCUUUCAAUGGUGAUCAUUCUGGGAACAUUUACCAAAGAGACAAGUGUGACACUGAAGUAAUGGAAGCUAAGGUUGAGAAUUCAGAUAUAUUUAUUGCUGAUCGGCUGAAAGACACCUUGGCUGAAUUGGACAAAGAUCUAGCAGCAAUAGAAGAUAUGCAUGACACUUCAGAAAACGAAUCUUUGUCUUGUGCACCCAUCCCUCCUUCACAAGCUGCUGAGACUGCCCAAGAUGUUUCACUUCCUGUGCCAGUGACAAUCAUAGAUGAAAUUCCAGAAGUUGAUAUCAAAAUUCAGUGCAGCAGAGAGGAAGAAAGGUGUUUGCUUUCCAAGAGAGAGUCUAAUCAAGAUAUUUCCGUUCAAUCGAUUUGUCUCGGUGAAGAGACCAAUGAAAAUAAUAACAGUGGAUCUUUCAUUGAAGAAUGUGUAGAUCCUGUGUCUCCCUGUUUAUGUGAGGAUUUAUCACCGCAGCAGUCUCCUAAAGAAGAUGUUAGGCACCAGAUGGAAAAGGAACAGAAAGAUGACUCCGAUAUAUAUGUACCCUCAUGUGAACAAAAUAACAAUACAUGCCAAGAAGUCAUGUCACAAAAUAAAACUGAUUCUGAAGAAUCAAAAGCUAAGGUGAUUGAUUCUAGCCUUGGAUUUAUGAACAAACUUUAUGAACAAAGGUCAAAAGAGGAUGUAAGGCUCUUAAAUAAGGAUAAUACCCAGGAAGAGCUUCCAAGCAAAAUGAAAAUUGAUCUGGAAAUCAGGCCUGCAUCAGAAAAAAAAUUCAUCAGGAAAGAAGCUUCCCUAUUGCCAUCUAUAUGGUGCCAUCGUAUAGACAAUGGACUUACAGACUAUGAACCUAAAAUUGGCCUGACAACCUUUAAAGUUAUUCCUCCCAAACCUGAUGUAAAAUAUUUUGAUCGAGAUGUAUCCCUUUCCACUGGUGCCAUUAAAAUAGAUGAGUUAGGCAACCUAGUGACUCCAAAUGGUGCUGAUAUUGGAAAAGUAACAGGAAAUAAGACUUCAAAUGAUUCACAAGAUACCUUAAAUAGGACAUCUAACACACCUUGGAAGUCAAAUUCGAUGGGGAAAAAAAUGAAAGAGUUUCCAGUAGACCAUUCUACUAAACCAGUGGUCAUCACCCAUUCUAAACCUUUCAAUAAAAUAUCAAACAUCAAUCUUGACUGUCUAAUUAGGACAGCUAACACACCUUGGAAGUCAAAUUUGAUGGGGAAAAAAUUGGAAGAGUUCCCAGUAGACGAUUCUACUAAACCAGUGGUCAUCACCCAUUCUAAAUCUUUCAAUGAAAUAUCAAACAUCAAUCUUGACUGCCUAAUUAGGACAGCUAACACACCUUGGAAGUCAAAUUCGAUGGGGGAAAAAUUGGAAGAGUUCCCAGUAGACCAUUCUACUAAACCAGUAGUCAUCACCCAUUCUAAACCUUUCAAUGAAAUAUCAAACAACAAUCCUGAUUGCCUAAUUAGGACAGCUAACACACCUUGGAAGUCAAAUUCGAUGGGGGAAAAAUUGGAAGAGUUCCCAGUAGACCAUUCUACUAAACCAGUGGUCAUCACCCAUUCUAAACCUUUCAAUGAAAUAUCAAACAACAAUCCUGAUUGCCUAAUUAGGACAGCUAACACACCUUGGAAGUUAAAUUCGAUGGGGGGAAAAUUGGAAGAGUUCCCAGUAGACCAUUCUACUAAACCAGUGGUCAUCACCCAUUCUAAACCUUUCAAUGAAAUCUCAAACAACAAUCCUGAUUGCCUUACAAAUAUGAAAAUGACAAUAUCAUCACCAUUUGAUUCUAUGGCAGUUAAAAAUAAUACAGAAACUGAAAAAACAAAGCCACCUGUUAUUGCCACAGAAUCUUCCAUGAAAACUGUAAGAGAUCCAGUGGUUAGCACAAAUAAGACAGUGCUUCGGCUUCAGAAGCCCCAAAAAAUAACAUCAAGCCAUUACCUUGCUUCCAUAAUUGCAAAAUAUAUUGAUUCAGCCCAGUUUGAAACUAACCAGGAAAGGCAGAGCAGAGAAGAAGAGACCAGUAAUGAAAAGGGGAUAGAAUCAGAUUCCCAAAAAUGUAUAAUUGUGUCCGGAUGCUGUCCAGUGGAAACACAAUCAGCAAAAGUAGAUGAAACUUAUUCAAGCUGCAGAAAAACUGUAUCAAAUGUGGUACCAGUUGGAGUUCAUUCUAGGAUAACAAAUAACACAACCAAUAUCAAAUUACCAUAUCAGACCAAAUCUUCUCAUUGCGACAGUGCACCAAGUUCUGCAACAUUGUCGAAAAAUAGUAACAUCCCUGAAAAGGAACCCAUUUCUGGUUCUAUGCAAAAGGCAAUCAAUAGACAAAUUCCUCCUGUAUUAAAUCAGAAAAAGGAAAAAACUGAUCAAGCAAGUCCUCCGUCUUUCCGUAGAUCAUCUGAUGUUCCCUCAUCAUCCAUGAAGCCAACUCUGGAGCAUCGUUUUAGCAUUGGAUCAUCAGCAUCACUUGACACACUUACAGUUAGCCAUAUGUUUUCAAAUAAAAAUGAGAAACAUGGUGAUUCAGGUACAAGGAGUGAACCGGAGUCUAACAAUGACAUUAUAUAUGAUGUUUUUGGCCCAAAGAAAAAGUUUAAGCCAGUCAUCCAGAAGCCAGUUCCAAAAGAUAUGUCACUACAUAGUGCUUUAAUGGAAGCCAUUCAGACUUCUGGAGGAAGAGAUAAGCUUCGAAAGAGUUCACCCAGCGCAAGAAGUGGAACGCAGAAGAAACCAUCGUUCACAGAACCAGAAAAUGAGCGCUCCUCCCUUUUGGCAGCCAUCAGAGAACACAAUGGAAUCUCAGGGUUGAGAAAGACCUCCUCAUCUGCUUCCGAGGAGCUGCAGAGUUUCCACAAUGCAGAAAUAUUACUACAAAAUGAAAAAGCUUCUAUACCAGAGCCUCCAUGUAAUCAGUUGCCACUUCCUCCACCACAACCCCCUCCUAAGUUGACAAAGAAAAUUCCCAGGUCCUUUACAAAUGAAAUGACAAAAAACACAGUGGAUACAAGGCAGGCCUUAAUGGAAGCAAUCCGGUCAGGUGCUGGGGCAGCUCGUUUAAGAAAGGUUCCUCAGCUUGUUUGAACACUAGAUGCUCCAGUUACCUAUUUCUUUUGCAAUAUCAUACAUGUAAUUAUUGGCUGGAAUAGAAAUUCAUGGUGAAACAUCUCUAAGGAGAAUAUAUUAUUCCUUUUGUGGCCAAAAUAAGUUGUAUCUGUGAGUAAUUGUCUUUUUCUUAAAAUGAUUCAAAGGUUGCUACAUGGUUUCUGCAUCAAGGAUUUGCGGUUUGCCUGACUCCAAAUAUUUAAAACUGUGCCAUUAAAACUAUCCUUCCUGACAACUGAAUAAGCUUGUGAAUACUUUACCAGUUCUUCAUUCAUACUUAAUUUUGUUUAUGGGGAAAAUCAAGCACUUUUGUGCUCUAUAUUGGAAGGACAACAUUCUUUUAUUCAGAACCAAUUUAAAACAUGCUACUGUCCUGAGCUAUUCAGCUGAAUCUUAAACUUUUCAUUUGAAAUACAAAAUUAU